AUGCGCCUCUGUGGUCAGUUUCUUAACACGACAUCCGCAACGAUUCCUAGCUGUGCUCCUCUGGUAGCUACCGAAGAGAGCCCGCAGACCCAGAUCAACAACGUGUACUCCAUGAUGUGGCCAAAUGCUAGCCCUGCGAGCACUGAUCUGCUUAUGAGCGAUCCACAAUGGGGUUUCAUCACGAAUCAAACACACAUCGAUCUUGAUUCAAUGCCACAGAACUGGGACUGGACCUAA